AUGGGCGGCACGUCUUCCGUGGUCUUAGUACCCUGUGCCCGAAAUGGUGAGCUGCCAAAUGGCUGGCGGGAGGAGCUGCAGGCGCACUGCCGCAACAACCCGCAGGACCACUGUGCCUUGCCACCCGAGGGAGACGAUCCAGACUCGGCGGCUGAGGCAUUCAGGGGCUGGAUCGUUUCGGUCGUGAAGAACACCCAGACCAGUAGUGCACUCAGCGAGGGGACAGCGAAGCUGGUGCUGCUGCUUGGCACCGGCACAGCAUGUUUCGACCGCAUGGCCGUCUUGCAACUGUGCGAAGCGAUUCGCGACGUAUCGCGGAAGCGCCUUCUUGUCAAGUACGUUCGCUACCAGGAGCUUCGGAGGAGCAGUUUCAAUGCAGAUGAGGCCCAGGGCCUCUCCGAGCAGGCCGAUGACCUGCUGGCACACAAUGCCUGGACAGAUGCGCCCUACUACUUCUUCAAGAAGGAAUCUUUGCAGCCAGUCUGCGGCGUCACCCGCUUUAGGCAGCGGCUGCUGCACAACGAGCGCCAUGUGGAAGAUGAUGCCAGGCUCGAUGGUCCCAUGGAGCUUCAGCUGAUCUUACUGCCGUUUAUUGAGGCAUCCCAGGAGCGGGUCGCAGAGCUCUUAUCUGCCGCAGCAUCGGGUGAUCUCUCCCAGGUGGAGGAGAUGUUGCAGGCGCCACUGGAUCCUAACGUAGCUGGACGCGAUGAUCAGACACCCUUGAUGGUAGCAGCGUCGCAUGGCCAUGAUGAGACUGUCCGGCUGCUUCUUGAUGCUGGGGCUGACAAGGAUCAGUGCGACGGUAGCCGGGAGGUGCCCCUCCAUGCGGCCUCGCGCAGUGGCCAUGCCGACGUCGUGCGCUUGCUCUUGGAAGCCCGUGCAGCUACGGAGCGGCAAAGUUCUCAUGCCACGCCCCUUCUGCUGGCGUGCUCGGAAGGCCACCUCAAUGUUGCAAAGCUACUCUUGGAGGCUGGUGCUGACUUGGAGUUGGGGAACAGCAGUGGAAGUGCACCUCUUCACGCUGCAGCAGCCUCUGGGCACACAGAAGUCGUCGGCUUGCUGCUUGAAGCUGGUGCCGACCGAAACCCCGAAGAUCCAUAUGGAGGCACUCCACUUCUGCUAGCUUGUGUGAAUGGCCAUCUGGACGUGGUUCGCUUGCUUUUGGAGGCACGUGCAGAUAAGGAUCAGGGCAACAGCUGUGGGGACGCGCCGCUUCAUGUAGCGGCGUACUCUGGCCAUGUCAGGCUUGUGCAACUGCUCUUGGAUGCCAGAGCCGAUAAGAAUCAGACGAGCGGCUUUGACAUGGAGACACCGCUUCAUGCAGCUACAGAGGCAAACCAUGCAGAAAUCGUGCGCCUGCUUCUGAAUGCCGGUGCAGACAAGCACCGAGCCUCCGGGACUCCAUCUGAAACGCCUCUGGAAGUGGCGCAACAGCGGAAUCUUGUGGAGAUUGUCCACCUUCUGCAAGAUGCGAGCAAGGCUGAACUCCGAGUUGGCGUGCGAAAGCGUGGAUGCUGUUCUUGCCUUCGGAGAUCCCGGAGAAGAGACGCACCUCGGGCCGAAGCGUGGGCCGACCUAGUGAGGUGGCCCGCUGUUCACCUCCAGGAUGCUGCAUAG